CUCACGAUCGCGUGGGAUCAAUUUCUCCUAUAAAACCACUCAGAACUGCGAUCUCUCAGGCACCCUAAGCUUCUCGCCCUCCCAGACAGCAGACAUGGCCACUACAUGUGUGGAAGAGCUUCUGCCUCCGGUGUUGGAUUCUACUUCUGAUCAACCUCCUCUCUUUGAUGGCACCACAAGGUUGUAUAUUUCAUAUUCUUGCCCCUUCGCCCAGCGAGUGUGGAUAACCAGGAAUUAUAAGGGUUUACAAGAACAGAUUAAAUUGGUUCCUCUUAACCUUCAAAACAGGCCUGCAUGGUAUAAGGAAAAAGUCUACCCUGAAAAUAAGGUGCCUGCACUGGAACACAAUAACAAAGUCAUUGGAGAGAGUCUUGAUUUGAUUAAAUAUGUUGAUAGCAACUUUGGAGGGCCUUCACUUUGCCCUGAUGGUCCUGGCAAGCGAGAGUUUGCUGAGGAGUUGAUCUCCUACACUGAUACAUUCAACAGAAUUUUAUAUACUUCAUUGAAAGGAGACCCAACAAAAGAAGUCGGUGCUCCUUUUGAUCAUCUAGAAACUGCCCUUCAUAAAUUUGAUGAUGGGCCUUUCUUCCUUGGCCAAUUCAGUUUGGUGGACAUAGCCUACAUUCCAUUUGUUGAAAGAUUCCAAAUCUUCUUAUCCGAAGUGUGGAAGUAUGACAUCACAGCUGGCAGGCCUAAACUAGCAGCAUGGAUUGAGGAGUUGAACAAGAUUGGUGCUUAUAAGCAAACAAAAUGUGAUCCCAAAGAACUCGUUGAAGCUUACAAGAAGCGUUUCCUGACCCAGUAAUGAUCAUCUUCCAGUAACAAACAGAUCAAUUGCCAGCACUGGUUUUCUACUAUCUACAGAAUAACGGGGCUUGGUUCCCUUUCCCUUUGGAAUGUCUCUUAGCCUAUUGUACUGUUUUACGUGCCUAUAUGGUAGAGCUAGAGUUACCAUGUAAUAGAGCCAUUUGGCAGCCAUACCUGGCUACAUUCAUAAAUAAAAUUGAAGUCUUUUGCAACA